AUUAGACGUCCUCUUGAUGCUAGUGAAUCCCUAACCAUGUUUCUGGCUGAGUUUCGGCCGUCAACCGCAGGCGGCCGACGUGCAAGCACUAGACAGAUCUCAGCUGGAGUUACUGAAACUCCUUUUACUGCCAGACGGUUACACUUCAGCUUUCAAAUUGAAAAUUUGCCGCCCCGCUCGGUCACAGGUGGACUUCCAGUAAACUCUGGAGUGUCAGCGGCUGCGUCUCCCAUUACAGAUGCAAACCCGCAAUUAAUAAACGAGCAUGUUAAUUAUGCCGGUACUGGCGGUGCAAGGGACAUAAAGCCUCUUUCUGACCGGGCCCUCGUUGCUGACUACCAAUCCACCCUGAGGUACUAUCGGGAGCUGAAGCAGCAGAUAGGUGACUGGCAGGCUGCCUUUUUCGCGCAACACGGCCGGCCGCCCACCCCCAAUGACGCCCGCCUGCAGGGCGGCCCCCAGCUGGCCGCCCGCUACACAGCCCUCCUGGAGGUCCGCUCGAGGCUGAUGGUGGAGCUCCCCCGGCUGCGGCCUCGGCUGCAGGACCCCUCAGCAGCAGCAGCGGAGGGAGGACAGGGUCUGCUACUGCAUGCACCUGCUCGGCCCCAGCCCGGUGGCUCCCGGGGGGCUAGCCCAGCCGACCAGCCGCCUCAUCGGCAUCAUCAGCCCCACCAGCAGCACCAGCAGCAGCGGGUCGACUCCGUGGCCACCUGGCUGCGAGCUGACCGCUACCGCCGCCGCCUGGCUACCACUGCUGCGGAACCAGCUGCUAAUGGCGCAACGGCUGCUAGUGACGCCUCUGUUGCCCCAGUAGCAAUGUUGGACAGCGCAAUCCAGUUGCAUAUCGCGGACUCGGCAGUGGCCCCACAGCAGCAGCAACAGCAGACACAUGCAGAGGGGCUCCAGCAGGCUGAUGACGACAUCAGCUUGUCGUACACCCAGCAGGGUGACGUACUGCACUGCUGCCCACCUGCCGUUCAGCAGCUUGUAUCACCGGGGGAGGUGCUACAGCCGCUGCCCCUGGAGCAGUGGCGGGGGGCUGGGGCGGGCGACCGCACUGGAGGGGGUCUAGGAUAUGGAGAAGGCGGCAGCGGCGGCAGCGGAGGUAGCGGUGGGGGCGGUACCGCUGCUGCUGCUGCGGGGCUGCUGGGUGCUGCUGCUGGCGUGGAGGCGCAGGCGGGCGGAGGGGCUCAUGCGCUGUCAGCAGCUGCGCCUUCCCCUGCCCCUCCCGAGGCAUCCCUGGGAGGGCAGCCGCAGCCGCACCAACCGCACCCACACCAGCAGCAACUCACCAUGCAUUCACCCCAUCCCACCUCUCAGCAGCAGCCAGCAACACAGGCGGCCACGGCUACUCCAUCACCCAACCCUCCCCCGUCCUCCCCCUCCGCCAGCAGCAGCAGCAGCAGCAGCUUGGGUCGCCUGCAUGCGGAUGUGGCCCUGGCGGGGGAUAGCCGCACCCGCGGGGCGUUGAUGGCGGCGCUGGCAUACCGGCAGGCCAGGGGCGCGGCGGCGGGGGCAGCGGCAGGGGAUGGUGCGGAGGAAGGAAGGGGCGCGGAGGUGGAUAGUGCUGGCGGUGUGAGGCGCGGCAGCGG